GGACCCGAACAAAACCCUACGUUCUCACGCUGUCUCGUGGGUCAGACUUUUGAGUCAGAGGCUAGGGCCAGGGUCACCGAACAAAACCCUACGUCCUCCCACUGCCUUGUGGGUCAGACUUUUGAGCUAAAGGCUCAAGGUGGGGUACCUCGGCCUGGGCAACCGGGAAGUAUCAUUUGCCCGCGCAGUUCAGCGUCCACCGAUGUCCCUUCCCAACCCCUUCCCACUGCACAAGCAAACGUCACUGGGCCAUUUGACUGUCAGCCAUCUGACCGAAGGGCCUUAGGCUCUCCGCUGCCCACAAACAUUAAACAAAAUAACACCUUUCUAAAUCCACGAGAUCUUUUCCACAUAGAAGCUUUCAACGUCCGUACUCUAUGUCAAAUUGGCAAACAGGCAAUGCUUGCUGAAACCUUGUACUCCCUUAAAAUCGAUGUAUGCUGUGUCUCCGAAACACGCAUACAAGACCCGAGCGUGGUUCUGCAUCUCAGAACGCCAAGGAUGAACUCAGCUCUUUCACAUUUCUCCCUCCGUGUGUCUGGUGACCCAGAAGCGAUGACUCGUGGAAUAUAUGGCGUGGGAGUUGCACUCAGCCCCAGAGCUGAACGCGCUUUGCUGGAUUGGAUCCCAGUGAACAGUCGUCUCUGCGCCGUCCGGUUAUCCAGUUCAAUCAAGCUCAAUGCCUCGCGGCAUAAAAAGCGGUGCCUGUUUGUCGUGUCGGCUUAUGCCCCGACGGACUGCAGUUCUGAUGCGGAGAAGGAUACUUUCUAUCGAGAGCUAUCCAGGCUCAUUCGUCAGGCAAAAAGCACUGACAUUGUGAUCCUUGCAGGCGAUUUGAAUGCUCAAGUAGGUCGUCUGAGCUCCUUGGAAUCACAUUUGGGUGGUCGAUUCGGAGUCGAUGCUCGCCGAACAGACAACGGGGAUCGCCUCCUUCAGUUGUGUGCUGAUCACGAACUGUUUCUGGCAAGUACGAACUUUCAACAUAAACGUUCGCACCGCGUAACCUGGCGGCCGCCAACUACAAAUCAACCGUGGACCCAGUUGGACCACGUGGCCAUCAGUCACCGGUGGAGAGCCACAAUUCAAGACUGCCGUUCCUUCUGGGGCACACCACUUGAUUCCGAUCACGCCAUGGUGCGCGCACGCCUGACAGUUCGUUUCCCUUCAGGCCCUCGCAAGUCGGCAAGAAACGUGCCAAUCCACUAUCUUCGAAGAACUGCCAUAGCUCAACAGUAUCGAUCUGAGCUAGCCCAACAACUCUCCACAGUAAAACAAUACUGUGGUGGCAGUGAACAUGUGGACGAAGCGUGGCAAAAUGUGAAAGGAGCCAUGCUAGCGGCGUUCAGUGCUGCCUGCCCGACUUCUCCAAUUCGACCACGGGACCACUGGAUGUCGUCGAGGUCGUUAUCCAUGAUUGAUGCCAGGAAAGCCAUACCAGCAGGCAACGAGUACGACGGCGCACGCAAAUCCCUCAAACGCCAAAUAGUGAAGAGUCUAAGGAAAGACCGAGAGCUCUGGUGGACAUCGAAAGCUCGGGAGAUGGAGAAGGCUUUUGCUACGGGAAACAGCCGUGCCCUUUAUCAACUGAUACGAUCGACUGGCCCUAGGAAAGCAACGGUCAGCGAAACGAUAAGUGAAAAAGAUGGCUCAUUAAUUCACUCGCAAAAACGUCGACUGGAGAGAUGGGCCGAACACUUCGAAGAGCAGUUCAGCUGGCCUCCUGCAACACAGCCGGUGGAGAUAGUGCAUACGGGCGAAUGGAAUGUAAACCUUGAUCGCCCUUCGGAAGAAGAAAUAAGGUACGAAGUAGCCGCACUGAAACGUGAGAAGGCACCAGGACCGGACGGUCUCUUUCUACCCAAAUCCACACUACAAUUUGAAGCUGUUAGAGAGAAGGCAUUUCAGAAAAUAUUGUCCUUAUUCAUUAUUUUCGCUUUAUCUCAAAAUAAAGGUGCCUUCCUCAUACCCUACACGUUGAUGUUACUACUUCUUGGGCUCCCCCUUUUCUUCCUCGAAUUCGCAUUUGGACAAUUUGCCAGUUUGGGACCAAUUUCGGUGUGGAAUGUCAGUCCGCUUUUCAAAGGACCCGGACUUGCCUUUGUUGUCUACCCGGAAGCGCUGACAAACAUGCCGAUGCCAGCUAUUUGGUCGGUGUUUUUCUUCUUCAUGAUGUGCACCCUCGGAUUCGGGUCACAGUUCUCCAUCUUGGAGGCUGUUAUCUCUGGUUUGCAAGAUGAACUGCGGCGCUUUGGCUACAUUCAAACCAAUCUCAAACAGAUUAUAUUUAGGUGCCUCAUUUGUCUGGUCAACUUCUUGCUCGGUAUUCCCAUGGUCUGUGGAGGUGGAUACUAUCUGUUCUAUCUGAUCGACAAUUACCUCUCCGGAUAUCCGCUCCUGUUCAUUGCCAUCGCUGAGACAGUUGUGAUUUGCUACAUAUACGGCCUCAAACAAUUUCGCCGUGAUAUUGCACUGAUGAUCAACGAACGACCCAAUUGGUACUGGCGAAUCAGCUGGAUGUUCCUUGUUCCACUGAUCAGCCUUGGCCUACUCCUGUUCCUCUUUGUGGCUGGAGAGGAAUUCAAGGUGGAGGAAUACCGAUACCCGAAAUGGGCCUUGGCCCUGGGCAACGUGAUCGCAAUGUCCCCCGUGGCAAUGAUUCCAUUGUGGUUUGUCUACAAGUAUUGCAGAGAAGGUGGAUUCAUCCUCCUGCGAGAAUUCGUCAAACCCGUUCAAGAGUGGGGACCCGCGCGAGAUGAACACCGUGCCGAAUUUAUCAGUAUGAUUCGAUCGAACGAAUCUUUGAAGCGGUCGCGACUCAAUAACGCAAGCGCAUCUAUACUGCCAACCACUGCUGUAAUGAACACUGGUAGUCAGUUGCAAGUUGGCUACGGGUUGGGUGGUUCUGUGAUCAGCGGGCUAGCUGGAACCGGCAUAAUCGACGAUACAGGAUUCUUUCAGAGUAAACUCAGUGUUGCCGAGAAAUUGACGCAGGCACACACCAAGGAGGUGAUGAAGCGAGUUACGAGCACCGCAGAUUUGGGUUCAACUGAUGCCUUAGGCAUUCUCACUGCUAGUCAGACGGCACUGGCGGCGGCAGCAGCAAGUUCAGCAGCCCUGUAUGGCUUUGGCAUUGGUCAGCCGUCCGCACUGCAAGAGCACACCGACGUCGACGGGACAGAGUCGGAUGAGUGCACAGAAAAUAAACUACCUGCCACCUUCAUCUUGCCUGAAGUGACGGUGUCUAGUGAGCAAAUAGACGACGAAACCAACAUAGCUCCAGCGAACAACUCAUCAGCACCCAGUAAACCACAAUCAACGAAAACUGGUCAGUCAGAGACCAAAGGAAGUUGAUCCAUCCUGUCCACUCACAGUGCUUUCACAUUUUGCCAUUAGAGCUGUUCGAAGAUGACUCUAGGUUCCGUAGCUCUGUUUUCACCGUCCAAUCACUUUUACUAUUACACUUCCUUUCUAUCGUUCGCUACCCCCACCCCCACACUCCAACCAGUGACACUAACAAAUGCUCAUCUGUCGAGGCUGCUGAAUUCAGGUCAUAUGAGGGUUGCCUUGAGAAAGGUGGAAGGUGAAUUUUUGAGGAAACAAGAUCUACCAACCACCUUUCCCCUCAUGCUCCUCAACAGCCUCUCAGCAUCCUCAGCUCCCAAAACUUCUCAUUCGUACACAAACAUUUACAACAAAACACAUCGCAUACACUAACGUCCGUUUUCAACACUAGUCCCAUAUAUUCCGAAUGGAAACAGAAACUUUAUACAACAUUUCGUAUUACAGUCGCUGUGACAACACACACUGCUGCCUAAACCCACAUUACCAUGAUUCUUUUUCAUAAUAUAUGAAUUUGAUCGGCA